AUCCAGGGACUCAUAGGGGCCCUCCCAGGGUGGAGGAUGCCGGCCAAGGGGCGUUACUUCCUCAACGAGGGCGAGGAGGACCCCAACCACGACACGCUCUACGAGAAGUACCGCCUCACCAGCCAGCAUGGGCCGCUGCUACUCACACUCCUGUUGGUGGCCAUCACUGCCUGUGUCGUCCUCAUCAUCAUCGCCUUCAGCUACGGGGACCCCUCCAGACACCAGGCUGUCCUGGGGACGGCGUUCUUCACGCUUGCUGUGUUUGUGGCUCUCUACGCGCUCGUGUAUGUUGAGUGCCUCGUCCGCCGGUGGCUCAGGGCCUCGGCGCUACUCAUCUGGGCCUGCCUUGUGACGCUGGGCUACGUGCUGGUGUUUGACUCAUGGAUGAAGGAGGCCUGUGACUGGGAGCAGGUGCCCUUCUUCCUGUUCGUGGUCUUCGUGGUGUACACGCUGCUGCCCUUCAGCACGCGGGGUGCCGUCGUGGCCGGGGUCGUCUCCAGCACCUCCCACCUCCUGGUGCUCGGCGCUCUGAUGGGGGCCUUCACCACGCCCAGCGUCCGGGUAGGGCUGCAGCUGCUGGCCAAUGCUGUGGUCUUCCUGUGCGGGAACCUCACGGGCGCCUUCCACAAGCACCAGAUGCAGGAUGCCUCCCGAGACCUCUUCACCUACACUGUGAAGUGCAUCCAGAUCCGUCGUAAACUGCGCAUCGAGAAGCGCCAGCAGGAGAACCUGCUGCUGUCCGUGCUGCCUGCCCACAUCUCCAUGGGCAUGAAGCUGGCCAUCAUCGAGCGGCUCAAGGAGCGCGGGGACCGCCGCUACCUGCCUGACAACAACUUCCAUAGCCUCUACGUCAAGCGGCACCAGAACGUCAGCAUCCUCUAUGCUGACAUCGUGGGCUUCACGCAGCUGGCCAGCGACUGCUCCCCAAAAGAGUUGGUGGUGGUGCUGAACGAGCUCUUCGGAAAGUUCGACCAGAUCGCCAAGGCCAAUGAAUGCAUGCGGAUCAAGAUCCUGGGCGACUGCUACUACUGCGUGUCAGGCUUGCCCGUGUCCCUGCCCAGCCACGCCCGCAACUGUGUGAAGAUGGGGCUGGACAUGUGUGAGGCCAUUAAGCAGGUGCGGGAGGCCACAGGCGUGGACAUCAGCAUGCGUGUGGGCAUACACUCGGGGAACGUGCUGUGCGGUGUCAUCGGGCUGCGCAAGUGGCAGUAUGAUGUGUGGUCCCAUGACGUGUCCCUGGCCAACAGGAUGGAGGCAGCUGGAGUCCCUGGCCGGGUGCACAUCACAGAGGCGACGCUGAACCACCUGGACAAGGCGUAUGAGGUGGAGGACGGGCACGGGCAGCAGCGGGACCCCUACCUGAAGGAGAUGAACAUCCGCACCUACCUGGUCAUCGACCCCCGGAGCCAGCAGCCGCCCCCGCCCAGCCUACACCUCACCAAGUCCAAGGGGGACGCGACCCUGAAGAUGCGGGCCUCCGUGCGCAUGACCCGCUACCUCGAGUCCUGGGGGGCGGCGCGGCCCUUCGCACACCUCAACCAACGCGAGAACGUGAGCAGCAAUGAGACCCCUGUGCCCCACGGGCGGAGGCCCAAGGCCAUUCCCCUACGGCGCCACCGGACCCCUGACAGAAGCGCGUCCCCCAAGGGGCGGUCAGAGGAUGACUCAUAUGAUGAUGAGAUGCUGUCAGCCAUCGAGGGCCUCAGCUCCACGAGACCCUGCUGCUCCAAGUCUGAUGACUUCUACACCUUUGGGUCCAUCUUCCUGGAGAAGGGCUUCGAGCGAGAGUACCGCCUGGCACCCAUCCCGCGGGCCCGCUACUACUUUGCUUGUGCCGGCCUUGUGUUCAUCUGCAUCCUGCUCGUCCAUGCCCUGCUGAUGCCCAGGAUGGCGGCUCUGGGUGUGUCCUUUGGGCUGGUGGCCUGUGUGCUCGGGCUGGUACUAGGCUUGUGCUUUGCCCAUGAGCUCUUGAGGUGCUGCCCAGCCCGGGGCGCGCUCCGAGCCAUCUCCGAGAGGGUGGAGACGCAGCCCCUGCUGCGGGUGUCCCUGGCCGUCCUGACCAUCGGCAGCCUGCUCGCCGUCGCCGUUGUCAACCUGCCGCUGAUGCCUUUCCCGGCCCCAGGGCUGCCUGCUGGGAACGAGACGGGCCCGGGGGCCGUGAGCAGCUGGGAGAGGGCCCUGUGCAAGCUCCUCCCGUAUUACACCUGCAGCUGCAUCCUGGCCUUCAUCGCCUGCUCUGUCUUCCUGCGGAUGAGCCUGGAGCUGAAGGUCGUGCUGUUGACAGUGGCCUUGGUGGCCUACCUGGUGCUCUUCAACAUCUCCCCGUGCUGGCAGUGGGACUGCUGUGGCCACAGCCUGGGCAACCUCACCAAGACCAAUGGCACCCUCAGCUCCCCGUCCUGUUCAUGGGAUCUGAAGACAAUGAUCAAUUUCUACCUGGUCCUGUUUUACACCACCCUCAUCAUGCUCUCCAGACAGAUUGACUAUUACUGCCGCUUGGACUGUCUGUGGAAGAGGAAGUUCAAGAAGGAACACGAGGAGUUUGAAACCAUGGAGAAUGUGAACCGCCUUCUUCUAGAGAAUGUCCUGCCAGCGCACGUGGCCGCCCACUUCAUUGGUGACAAGUUAAAUGAGGACUGGUACCACCAGUCCUAUGACUGCGUGUGUGUCAUGUUUGCAUCUGUGCCGGACUUCAAAGUAUUCUACACGGAGUGCGACGUCAACAAGGAAGGGCUGGAGUGCCUGCGCCUGUUGAACGAGAUCAUAGCUGACUUUGACGAGCUGCUGUUAAAGCCCAAGUUCAGUGGUGUGGAGAAGAUCAAGACCAUCGGCAGCACGUACAUGGCAGCUGCAGGGCUCAGCAUCCCCUCAGGGCACGAGAACCAGGACCUGGAGCGGCAGCACGCCCACAUCGGCAUCAUGGUGGAGUUCAGCACCGCCCUGAUGAGCAAGCUGGAUGGCAUCAACCGGCACUCCUUCAACUCCUUCCGCCUCCGAGUUGGCAUAAACCACGGGCCCGUGAUUGCUGGAGUGAUUGGGGCACGAAAACCUCAGUACGACAUCUGGGGAAACACGGUCAAUGUUGCCAGUCGAAUGGAGAGCACCGGAGAACUUGGGAAAAUCCAGGUUACUGAAGAGACAUGUACCAUCCUCCAGGGACUAGGUUAUUCUUGUGAAUGCCGCGGACUGAUUAACGUCAAAGGCAAAGGCGAACUGCGGACUUACUUUGUCUGUACGGAUACUGCCAAGUUUCAAGGGUUGGGGCUGAACUGA